AUGGCCACAGUUGUGGCUUGCACGAUUGAUUGAUUUUCAAUAUACAAAUUCCCAAAAAGACACUUCUUAAUCUUCAAGGUUGUUCCCGUACUAUAAAUAGGCAAAAGAAGCCAAAGGCGACUGAGACUUACCGCACUUUUGUCUCACUUCGCUCGGGAUUGAUGUCAAAGACAAACCUCGUCCGACACAUUUAACAUAUCCUACACUUCAGCACCCGGGCAAUAACACUACAACUUGCCGAUACAUACAACCCAAACUUCAUUCGCAAUGCUAUCCUCGCCAAUAUUCCGUGCGACGAUACAGUCAUGCCUCCUCUCCGCAUCAAGUAACGUGCUCGCCCAAACCAUCAGCGCAUACCGAACCAACUCACCCUACACCAUAUCCUGGACGCCCGUCCUCCACUUCAUCAUCUACACCGCUCUCAACUGCCCCCCCAACUUCCUCUGGCAACAGCUCCUGGAGUCUCUCUUCCCCAGCCGGACUCUACGCCCCUCCCCCGCCGCCAUCGCCGCCGCAUCGUCCAACGACGACAAGGAGCUCGACUCUGAGGAAGCCACCCACUCGAUCGUGGAGCCGCGUCUCAAUGGCCGCAACACCGUGCUGAAGUUCCUUAUUGAUCAGAGCGCGGGUGGCGCGGCCAACACCAUCGCAUUCAUCAUGAUCAUGGCUGGGCUGCGCGGCGCGAGUUGGGAAGAGGCGUGGUAUCAAGUUCAGUUCGAGUUUUGGCCGCUGAUGGUCGCUGGUGCCAGGCUGUGGCCGCUGGUGAGUCUGAUUAAUUUUACGGUUCUGGAGACGGUGGAGGCGAGGAAUUUGCUGGGGAGUUUGGCGGGGAUGGCUUGGGGUGUGUAUUUGAGUCUUGUGGCGGCGAGCCCGUGAUGCUCUCUAAAAACAGCCCUAGUUAUUAUCUAUGGGGCAAGCUCAUGUGGUAGACGGUGUCUCAGCGUUCUUUAAUGCAUGGCUCUUACUUCUAUGAAUACAGAUUCAACAACAUUGGCCACG